AAUUUUUUCUUUAAAUAAAUACGUCUAGUUACAGGUGGGCACAUGGGUUUUCAGUUCGGUUUCAUACUAUCAAAUUCAAUCGGUUCCGUUCGUUAAUAAGUACGAAAUAGACUUUUAUUUAUGUAUGAGGCGGUUUGAAAGAAUCAUAUUGCUUACUUAAACUGAGUUAAACGCAUUACGUUGCAGUGUUUUCAGCUUUGCAAUCGAAUUCGGAGGAAGAUCGAAAGAAGUAGGAGAGAGAGGUCAAGCAGCAAUGGGAAACGCUUAUUGUUUGUUAUGCGGCUGCAUACCACAGGCGAGCGUCGGCGUGGUGGAGAAAUGGGGUCGGUUCGAGAAAUUGGCUGAGCCGGGGCUACACUUCUUCAAUCCUUUUGCCGGUCAGUGCCUCGCCGGGACUCUCACCACCAGGAUCUGCUCUCUAGACGUCAACAUCGAAACCAAAACCAAGGAUAAUGUCUUUGUUCACAUGCAUUGCUCCAUCCAAUAUCGAGUAAUCAAUGCAAAUGCUGAUGAUGCUUUCUACGAGCUGCAAAAUCCCAAAGAGCAGAUCACAUCUUAUGUAUUUGAUGUUGUUCGAGCCCAUGUUCCUAAACUUAAUCUGGAUGAGCUUUUUGAACAAAAAGAUGAGGUUGCCAAGGCUGUCUUGGAGGAACUUGAAAAGGUGAUGAGCUCUUAUGGUUACAGCAUCGAGCACAUACUGAUAGUUGACAUUGUCCCUGAUGCAUCCGUCCGCAAAGCAAUGAAUGAGAUUAAUGCAGCACAAAGGAUGCAGCUUGCUAGUGUGUACAAAGGGGAAGCAGAAAAGAUUCUCCAGGUUAAGAGGGCAGAAGCUGAAGCUGAAUCCAAGUACCUAGGUGGGGUCGGGGUUGCUAGACAAAGGCAAGCAAUCACAGAUGGCUUAAGAGAGAACAUAUUGAACUUCUCUCACAAAGUUGAAGGCACAUCAGCUAAAGAAGUGAUGGAUCUCAUAAUGAUCACUCAAUACUUUGACACCAUCAAAGACCUUGGGAAUUCUUCAAAGAACACCACCGUUUUCCUGCCGCAUGGUCCAGGUCAUGUUCGCGACAUUGGCGACCAGAUACGCAAUGGGAUGAUGGAGGCAGCUGCUGGUGCACAUGCCGAUUCAUAAGUUAUUACUUUCCUAUGGAAUCUCUUUCCCGUCGAUUCUAAUACAUUAGCAAAAUAAAGUCAAGGACAAGUUUCUUAAUGUUGUAUAGGACCUUAAAUGAAUGUUUUUUUGUAUACCUUUCUAAACAUAUUAUACGUAAUACAUGUUAUAAUAUUUCUUCAA